AUGACCUCCGUCUUCAAGAGAUUAGUUCCCACCUUCAACAGAAUCCUCGUUAAGAAGUUCGAAGCUGAAACCAAGACUAGAACUGGUAUCAUCCUCUAAGACCCUGCUGAUAAGACUGCCUAUGGUGAAAUUGUUUCUGCUGGUCCUGGUAACUUUGACAACAAUGGUAAGGUUAUUCCUUUGGGCGUUAAAGUUGGUGAUAUAGUUGUCUUACCCGACUACGGUGGUUCCAAGAUUAAUUUAAAGGAUGGUGAAUUCUUUGUUUACAGAGAUACUGAUAUCCUCGGUGUUCUCCACAAGAAUUGA